AUGCCCGCCGACGCCCCGGGGAAGCCCAGGGCCUCGCCGCCGGCUGGGGCGCCGGCGAGCGCCCGCCGAUCCGCACGCCCGCCCCGGAGCGCCGCGGAGCACCGCAAGUCCUCCAAGCCCGUCAUGGAGAAGCGGCGCCGAGCGCGCAUCAACGAGAGCCUCGGGCAGCUCAAGACCCUCCUCCUGGACGCGCUGAGGAAGGAUAGCUCGCGCCACUCGAAGCUGGAGAAGGCGGACAUCCUGGAGAUGACCGUGCGGCACCUGCAGAGCCUGCGGCGCGUGCGGGUGGCAGCCGCGCUGGCCGCCGACCCCGCCGUGCUGGGCCAGUACCGCGCCGGCUUCCGCGAGUGUCUGGCCGAGGUGAGGCGCUUCCUGGCCGGCUGCGAGCCGUCCCCGCCGACGUGCGCGCCCCGCCUCUCGGCCACCCUGGCGGCCUGCCUGGGCCAGCUGCAGCCCUCGCGCCGCGCGCCCCGCGCCCGAGCCGCGGCCGCGCAGGCCCCGGCCCCCGGCGGCCCCGGGACUGUCUCCGCGCGCCCGCUCCCGCCGGGCCCGAGCCGGGCGCCCGCGGCUGCCCGCGGGGCGGGGCCGCAGGGCCAGGGCGCGCCCUGGAGGCCGUGGCUGCGGUGA